AAGAAAGACGAGACUUUAGUUUAAAGUUGUUUCUAACCGUGAAACGUUGGUAGCGGAUAACAACAAAAACAACAACAACAACAACAACAACAACAAGGUGUUUACAGUCUCACCGACGACGACAGGAUCAAGUUUGACCGACGUAUCGGAAGCCAAAUGGCUGGUGGUAAUUUACAGAAAGCCAUCGAUCUCGCCAGCAAGGCCGCUGAGGAAGACAAAGCCAAAAACUACGAGGAGGCCCUGCGAUGUUACCAGAUGGCCGUCCAGUACUUCCUCCACGUGGUUAAGUAUGAAACCAAAGGCGAUCGAGCGGCGCAGAGCAUCAGAGCGAAGUGCGUCGACUACCUGGACCGAGCCGAGCAGCUGAAGGAGUAUCUGAGCAAGAAGGAGAAGGCUCCUCCGGCCAAACCCGUCAAGGAGUCCGGCGACAAAGGGGAGGAAAGUGGGGACGACGGAGAGAAAAAGAAGUUUGAGAAUCAGCUCUCAGGAGCCAUCGUCAUGGAGAAGCCAAACAUCAAGUGGGACGAUGUCGCCGGACUAGAAGGCGCCAAAGAAGCCUUAAAAGAAGCCGUGAUCCUGCCCAUCAAAUUCCCUCACCUGUUCCAAGGGAAGAGGACUCCCUGGAGGGGGAUCCUCCUGUUCGGUCCUCCGGGGACAGGGAAGUCCUACCUGGCCAAGGCAGUGGCCACCGAGGCCAACAACUCCACCUUCUUCUCCAUCUCCUCCUCCGACCUCGUGUCCAAGUGGCUGGGCGAGAGUGAAAAGUUGGUGAAGAGCUUGUUCGCUUUGGCCCGAGAGCACCGGCCGUCCAUCAUCUUCAUCGACGAGAUCGACUCGCUCUGCGGCUCCAGGAGCGAGAACGAGAGCGAGGCGGCGCGGAGGAUCAAGACCGAGUUCCUGGUCCAGAUGCAAGGCGUCGGAAACAACAACGAGGGAAUCCUGGUGCUCGGAGCCACUAACAUUCCGUGGACUUUGGACUCUGCGAUCAGGAGGAGGUUUGAGAAGCGGAUCUACAUCCCGCUGCCCGAGGCGCACGCCCGCUCCUUCAUGUUCAAACUGCAUCUGGGCUCCACCCCCAACAGCCUGGUGGAGGCGGACUUCGUGACGCUGGGCCAGAAGACGCAGGGCUACUCCGGCGCCGACAUCAGCGUCAUCGUGAGGGACGCGCUCAUGCAGCCGGUCCGCUUGGUCCAGAGCUCCACCCACUUCAAAAAGGUCCGCGGGUCGUCGUGGAACAAACCCGACGUGGUGGUGGAAGACCUGCUGACCCCGUGUUCGCCGGGGGACCCCGCCGGCGUGGCGAUGACGUGGAUGGACGUCCCCGGGGAGAAGCUGCUGGAGCCGGUGGUGUCCAUGCCCGACAUGCUGAGGUCGCUCACCAGCACCAAGCCCACCGUGAACGAGCAGGACCUGGACAAGCUGAAGAAGUUCACCGAGGAUUUUGGUCAAGAAGGUUAAUAAUGAUCCUCUUUGAGAAGAGCGCAAUCAUUCCAUCGAUCGCCUUGUGUCUAAGCGGCAAAACUAGAGAAAAUGUCGCCCCACGUUACUGUUUCUUUAUCCAAUUAGCGGUCAAAGUAAAUAAGAAAGUUUGGAUGUUUCUAGUGUUUGUAUGAGCGUCUUCUCCAGAGUGUCAGAACAUGUUUACAGAACAAGAACCGGAGCAAAGAGGUUCUCAGUGUGUCCAAGAAGCUAAAAGAAUCUUUAUUUAGAAUAUUUUCACCUCUGAAGCUUCCUGCCGAGGAGCUGAAGCCGUUCUCCUUGUUCUCCUUGAACACACCAGACUCCAUUGAUAGAAACAGUCAUUUUAUUUACCCAACAGGAUCUUCUGAUCUCCUGCUCCUCCAUCAGUGUGUUAGUUUGUGUUGUUGUGUGACUUUGGUGAAUCACAACUAAACAUUUAAACCAACAAAGUCACACAACAACACAAACUAACACACUGAUGGAGGCAGAAGCCCAAACGCAACCUGCCAGAGUAAAAGGAGGGUUUUUAUUCAUGGAGUCUGGUGUCUUCAGAGCACAAAGACGACGGCUUCAUGUUCCGGUCAGAAGGGAAAAGGUGAAAAUAUUCUGCAGACAUCGUAGAUUCUUUCAGGUUCUGAAAUAGUUUCUCUCCACUUCGACUGGAGAAGCUGCUCAUAGAACCUUUACUUCCACAUGAAGCACCUGGUGUUAUUGGACAAUUGACCAAAGUGAUUAAUCAACGAUCAAAAUCUUAAGCGAUGACUUUUUGUCGUGUAUCAUCUAAUGAAUCGACUUUAUAUUCAUCGGUGAGUCAUCGAUCCCGUGUUUACGUUUCCUCUUCUUUGUUUUAAACAUGAUGAAUGUAUAAAACGCUGCGGUGGGUAAAUGCACAUUUCCAUCACUACGUAUAAUAAUAAUAAUGUGUAUAAUCUUUCUUUUGCACUGAAUGGAAUCGGCUCUUUUAUAACUGGGAAUUUCUACGUUUAAAUGUUUGAAAAGGUCUCAUUUAAAUAUUUAAAUAACCUUUUACUGGUUGUUGUUGUUGUUCCUCUAAACAUGAAGCCGUGUGCAGCAGCUUCACGGGCCGUCUGGGUAUCGAGUUACUAAACGAUAUGAACUGUUUGUGUGUGAAGCCUGUUCGGGGUGUGAGAUGUCGGGGGGGCGGCGGGUUCCUUUUGGGGGUCCAGAGGUUUCUUACCGGGUCCAGAAAUAAAACUGUUGCUGUAUCUUCCGUCUCAGGGUGAAAUAAACACAAGCAACAAGUCUC